CGUGAAUUGGACCAUUUUCCUGUCCUGCUAAGCAUUCAACAUGUAACGAGUACUUUUGGGUGUCAGGGAAAAUGUAUGAGUAAAAAGCACAUUGUUUUCUUCAGGAAUGUAGUGAAGUAAAAGUAACAGUUGUCAAAAAUAUAAAUAGUAAAGUACAGAUACCCAAAAAUACCCUUUAAAGUAUUUUUACUUAAGUACUUUACACCACUGUAUGAAUCAAAUAAUACAGUAAUAAUUGUACGUGUUUGUAACAUGUUCAAUGCAUUAUCCAGUUCUAUACAACUAAUUGAAUAUAAAUGUAUAAAUCCAGUAUAUAAAUGUCACUGAACCUGUGCCAUUUUUCAGGAAACAACAAUCUGAAUCAAAAAUAGUAAUCCAGUUAUCAGGUAAAUUUGGCACUACUGAAUUUAUAUGAAAAUAAUGGUAAUUUGUCCUCAAGUGUUCAUACGCAAUUCUCAGAAGAUAUUCCUUACCUCUCAAAGCAAGACACACAACAACAACGAAAUUCCCCCUUCCCCCGUCGUGCCUAAGAACAGCCCUUAGCCGUGGUACAGUAUAUUGGCCCUAUGCCACACGCCCUCAUGCCUUAUUGCUUGAUUACACAGUGGAAGCUCAAAUAGUGAGACAAAUCAAUUCUUAUAAAAUGUAAGAGAUAUACAAGUAAGAUGUUUUAUAAAAUAUCAUAAUGAGAUUUCAAUAAAAAAUAAUUGUUUGAUUACAUUUUUAGUAAAUUCCUACUUCAACAAUAACAUAUAAUUCGCUUGAUCAAAAUUAAAGGUAGUGAUUCAAAACCUCGAUUGGAAAUGGAAAUUCAAAUGAACUACGUAGCUCUGUUUUACGGGAGGCAUUACAUAAGUCUUAUCAAUGACAUCGAUCUAGAGAUAGGUGCUGGUAUGACACCGAGGUGGGUGUAGAUGUUUGUAUGGAUGCAGGCAUUUAUUUACAUGUAUACAUAGACUCACCUGAGUAUCAGAGGUCAUACAGAGAAGACACACCUGGAUCAGCACUACACAGGUCAUACAGCCCAGCAGAGAAGACACACCUGGAUCAACACUACACAGGUCAUACAGCACAGCAGAGAAGACACACCUGGAUCAGCACUACACAGGUCAUACAGCACAGCAGAGAAGACACACCUGGAUCAGCACUACACAGAAUCCAACCUAGGAACACCAAUGGCAAGAACUAUGGCAAAAUAUACAGGAAAAAGUCUCUCAAUCAUCACCUGGAAUAUUUGUGGUGUUAAACCCACAAAACGCAGCCCAAAUAAAUGUAUUGAUAUAAUGAAGUGUGGCAGGAAUGGUGACAUAAUCUUCCUUCAAGAAACUCACAUUGGACCUAACUGCUAUAAAGUGAUGGAAAGACAUGGAUGGGAAGAGAUGAAAAUACAUUGGAGCUCUUACUUUACAGUUUACUCUCCGAAUAGCAAAGGAGUGGCCAUACUGGUGAAUAAAAAACUAAAACCACACUAUGAGUACAUCUGCCAUGAUGAAGAUUACGCUGGUGGCUACAUUGUGCUGUUCUGUCACAUGUAUGGUCAACUCUUCACGCUCGUGAACGUGUACAAUCAUAAAGAAGACAAGCAAGUACUGGGGAGGCUGUCUCAGUAUCUUCAGGAGAUGAAGAUCGGAACUUUCGUGAUUGGGGGGGAUUUCAACACAGUUUUGGACCUUGACUUUGACAAUCGUACAGCAUCUGAACAUAAACGGCACACAUCCCUACGACCUCUCCUGCAGAGUUUCAUUUCCUCACUGAACCUCCAAGACACAUGGGCAAGACUACACCCAACAGAAGAAGCCUUCACUCAUUCUCAGAACACCAGCCACUCCCGGAUAGAUAUGUUCUUCAUGCAUCAGGACAAAGCCCCAUUUGCCCAGAGCUGUGAGAUUCACACUGACUCAGGGAUUUCAGAUCACAACCCUGUGUCUCUGAAGAUCCAUGUUCCUAAAAUAGGAAGUACGUUAACAGAUGUUCAUCAAAAGCUGAGGAAGUUGGGCGAUGGUGAACUAAAAUACAAGACCAAAUUAGAUAGAAGAGCAGGACAAAUCAGUGGGGCAGAAGUCCUUGUGGCAAUGAAAUCCCUGACCGACUCAUCAAAUGGACCAAGGGAAGGGGACCUCAUGGAAACAGAGACAUUAAAGCAUGAAUACAAUGAAAUACUCAGCGGGAAGAGACAAAUACCUGAUGGAUUCAAUAUGUCAGUUAACCGAGAGAAGAAAAUAUUUGCCACAAUACUUGCCAACCGUCUGCAGAUGUACCUAGAACCCUCGUUCACAAGAAGUAUUAACAUACCACCAAAGAGUUUGCCAUACAUAGUUUAUCUGGGCAGGCAACCAUUGAUUAAGUCAAAUUUCUUAAAAAAGGCACUGCUGUCCAUUGACAUUAUUUCGUCUCCUCCUAGAGACUUCAAAAUCCUAAAGCAGGUGCUUCCUCGGGACUUGGACAUCUUGUGGAAGUUACUCCCAAUGGUUGAAGGUUCCUCGGGUCACAAAAUAAAUCUACAGGAUCAAUGCCCCCUCACCCCAGCACUACUCCAUCUGUGUCUGAAGUACAUGGAGCACAGAAUCCAGAAGACAGGCACAGUCCUUAGUGUUAGCCGUCAAAGACUGAGUCUUUUUAUACACAUGGAACAAAAGAAACAGCCUUUGGUGUUCAAACUACUCUUUAAAAUCAGAAAGGAGUCUGACCUGAGUUUUAAGGUAUUUGAAGGUAACAUCUUAAGUGGAAGAUGGACAUUCAAAUUAAAGGAAACGUUCUCAUAAAAAUAUUAGAGAAACUGUUAUUGUUCUCUAAAUGUGGAUAUUGCCUUCAGCUUCAAAAUGAGAAAAACAAAAUACCAUGAAAAUAUAAGAAACAUAUAUGGAACUACCUCCAUGAAGUGUUGAACCAGUGCUCUCCAUACUGCAUGCUAUGGGCUGUCAUGACGUUGCCCUCUUUGGACACAGUGAGCACCAUCCCCCUACCUCUGCACCAUCUCUCUCUGUCUCCUACACCCAGGCUGCUGUGGUCAGAGAGGUCGUAAAUUCCUGGAGGAGAUUAUCUCCUCAUGGCCACAGUAUAGAGAGAGAGUGAGUUUUCAGAGGGAACAAAGGAAUUUCUUCCACCUCACAGAACUGGAGGUCCGAACAAUAUUUAUGUUCUGGAGAAUGUAUAAAAGAUCGGCGAAGAAUCCAGCUACGAACUGGUCCAUUUGGUACAAUUUUGUGAAACUCAUGAGAGACAAUACGGCCACAUUACCAUAACACUGUUUAUACAAUAGCCUCAGUUAUGAGGCUUACAUCUAAUUGUUGUAUAAAAUGAAUGAGUAAAGAUGAUACUAUUUGUGAAAUGAUGUGAUGCUAUGUAAUGAUGUUAAUGUGAGAGAAUUGUAUUUCUGUUUAAAGUUUCACUAAGUCAUUGGCACGCCCCCAGGAGCACAGACAUGACCUGGCGUCAUGAGACAGCCCUUUUCUAUGUUCCGAAUAAAACCCCCACCUGGGUUUUCUAUCACCAGACCAGCUUACCUCGAUAACGAGAGGGCCAAGGUUUGAGACCAGACCAGUACCUCUAUCACAGAGGGAAAUAAGGUUUAAGUAGAUCGCUGAAUCUUUUAACCAUCCCACGUGGUUAAACUCUUAGACUAUCGAUACCGACAGAAUAAGAACAAGUCUUUGAUAUUAAAUUACUAGUCUGCAGCUAGGAAUUCGGUAUCAUUGAAUGCGAAGACCGACAACCCCCGAAACAUUAUUCUUUAAUGACAUGAAUGAAUGUCACUCUCAACUAUCCAUUCUAACCACGAGAGAGAGAGAGGGCGGACAAACUCUCCAACAGAAACAAACUUUUCAACAGAGAUCCCAACGACACACUGAGCGUAAAUAUAUAUAUUGAUUGCAAUUAUUCCCGAAUGAGUGAGCGUUCAUGUGCAAAGGGUUAGCAUUUCAAUUGUUAUAAUUAUCAACUUUGUAGUGUCUUUUAUCUUUUGCGCCCUUCUCAGUCCCUUUGUCUAACAAGCCGCCAUGCCGGUUUAGCCCACUAGGGCACAUUCCCCUAUAAUUUCUUUGUAACCAUUGUUUGUUUGUGUUAUGCAUUUCUGUGAGUACUUAGUUAGUAAAUAAAUGAUUUUAAGACAAUUGAUGUAUGGAUGACUCAUAGUGAAGACUGGGUUCGUGCAGAUAACCAACAAUUUACGACGUUUGGAAUGAGACUAACGUGAGGUAAAUAAUAAUUCAUUAAUCAGAAGACUAAGUGAUCAGAUCUUAAAAAUCUGAAAAUUAUACUAGGAAAAUUAUAACUUUGUAAUCUGAAUAUUUUCCUUGGUGCCCCGACGUCCUAGUUAAUUAGUUACAUGAUUAAGUAGUUUAAUCACGUAAUAAUAAUUACAGAGAAUUUUUGAUAAAGAUGAAUCUUCAGUUUAAUGAUGCCAAAGACACGACAGGGCCCUGAGCGCCUGUUCAGUCAUCUCCAGACCCAUGGCUGGCUUCAGUCAUCUCCAGACCCAUGGCUGGCUUCAGUCAUCUCCAGACCCAUGGCUGGCUUCAGUCAUCUCCAGACCCAUGGCCAGUCAGCCAGCCAGACCCACACCACAACCCGGACUUGUGAUACCGGAAGGGAAAUCAUACUCAACUACGAGAGAUGGGAUCGCAAAGGAAGUAAAGAUGGAACCAAAGUGAAGGUCAAACCCAGAAACAAUCCUACAGAGUCAUCAAGUUAGAUCAUAAACAAUCAAAUAAGAGGAAUUAGACUUCAUAUCCAGGGAUAUUGAAUACCUGGCCCUAUACAUUACUACCUAUAUAAAUGUAAAUGUAUUUUCAAAGGUAUGGGUUAUUUAGAUUUAACUGUAUCUUCAUUUUUUAAAAUCAUAUUGCUCUAUUCAUCGUUGAUUAUCUGUCUUGAUAGGAAUAUAAAUAACUACUGUACAUAUUAUACUGUAUAGAUGUUUGAGGUAACCUAUGAUGUAUGAAGGAGCAUUACUCCCAGGAGUAUGCAAUGCCUCAGUCUUAUCAGGGUUCUGCCAACUGUACAUCAAAUAUAAACUCAACUCAAUAUUCUGUUGGGUUUCUCAGGUUACAAUGGCCUUUCAAACCACAAGGUCAUCUGAAGUCCCUGAGGUCUCAUUAUGAACAUACUCCUAUGCAUUGUACAUAAUAUGUCUUCCACAAAUAAAGGUGUGUAUUUGUA